AUGCCCGGGGUGCAGAUUAUGCCUGUUGCGAUCGUUGGCGUGGCUGGGCGCUUCCCUGGCGAUGCUUCAGAUCCAGAUAAACUAUGGAGCUUACUCACGCAUGGUCGAAGUGCUCGCAGCAAAGUACCAGAAGAUCGAUACAUCGUAGAUGCUCACUACCAUCCUCAUGCUGAGCGGCUUGGUGCACAAAAUUUCACGACAGGCCACUUCAUGCACCGUGACCCGGCUGCUUUUGAUGCCCCCUUCUUCCAAAUAACGCCAAAUGAAGCGAAGGCCCUGGACCCCCAGCAACGCAUGCUACUUGAAGUAGCAUAUGAAGCCCUUGAAAAUGCGGGUAUACCGAUGGAGAGGGUGGUCAAGUCUCCAACCUCCUGCUACGUGGGUUGCUUCACUCGAGAUUAUGGCGACAUCUUGGCGCAUGAUGUGCAGACUACGCCUGCCUACUCGCCGACUGGUGCCUCUGCAUCCUGUCUGUCGAACAGAGUCUCCUGGUUCUACGAUCUGCGCGGACCGUCCAUGACCGUAGACACGGCGUGCUCCUCGUCAUUGGUCGCACUCCAUCUUGCUUGCCAGAGCUUGAGAGAUGGUGAGUCUGAAAUGUCACUUGUCGGCGGCGUCAAUUUCAUGUGCUCUCCGGAUUGUAACAAUUCCAUGUCGUCGCUUCACUUUUUGAGUCCCGAUGGCAAGUGUCAGUCCUUUGAUGAGAAGGGCAAUGGAUAUGCUCGCGGCGAAGGUACUUCAUUUGUGAUUAUCAAGCCCCUGGCUGCUGCCAUCCGCGACAACGAUGUCAUUCGUGCAGUCAUCAGAGGCACUGGCAGCAAUCAGGAUGGUCUCACGCCUGGUCUGACGCUUCCUUCGUCGGAGGCUCAGGCCCAGCUGAUACAGAGCACUUACGAGCGUGCUGGCCUGAGUCUUGCCGAUACUGGAUACGUCGAAGCUCAUGGUACAGGAACUGCUGCUGGCGACCCCAUCGAGACCUCUGCCUUGGGCGCCACUUUGGGCAAGGCAAGGCAACGAGACAGGCCUCUCUGGGUCGGCUCGAUCAAGGCCAACAUCGGCCACUUGGAGGGAGCCAGUGGAAUUGCGGGCCUAGUCAAGGCCAUAUAUAUCCUUGAGCAGGCUCUGAUUCCUCCUCAGAUUUGGCUUGACAGGCUCAAUCCACGCAUCUUGGCCGACGAAUGGAAUCUUGCGUUCCCUCGCAAGCUCACUGCGUGGCCAUAUGAUGGCUUGCGACGCAUUAGCAUCAAUUCAUUUGGCUUUGGCGGAGCCAACGCACACUGCAUCCUGGACGACGCUUAUCAUUACCUCCACCAGCGCAGUCUUGGAGGCAAUCACAAUACGAAGAUCAACCACCAGGAGGUGAGACCCAUGUUGCACAGGCACACGAAGUCUUUCGACUCUGUUAUAUCCGACGCCAUGUGGCCCAAGCCUUCACAAGCAACGCCGUGCCUCACCAUCCUCUCAUCCCAUGAGCAGUCUGGCAUGUCUCGUCUUGUCGAAGUGUACCGUGGCUAUCUGGAGACCAAAAUGCGCACUCCUGAGUCAGCCGAAGACCAGGCUGAUAUGUACUCCCGCUUUGCUUACACACUGGGAACAAGGAGAAGCGUCCUUGCGUGGAAGUCUUACUUUGUCGCCGCAACAUUCGAUCAAGCCUAUGACAGCAUCAGCGAGAUGUCGAAGCCUGUCCGCUCUACGAAGCCCCCAAAGCUUGGCUUUGUGUUCACAGGGCAAGGUGCACAACACUUCGAAAUGGGCCGCGAGCUGUAUGCAUACCAAGUGUAUGCACGGUCUCUGGAAGAUGCUGACGCAUAUCUUCGUUCCAUGGGGUGCGAAUGGUCUGUGAUUGAGGAGCUGUUCAAAGCCAGCGAGGUCUCCAAUGUAGACAAGCCUGAUUUCAGUCAACCGCUCUGUACAGCUCUUCAGAUUGGUCUCGUAGAUCUCAUGCGUCAUUGGAACAUUCUCCCAGCAGCCGUCGUCGGUCACAGUUCCGGCGAAAUUGCUGCUGCGUAUGCUAAAGGGGCCAUCACCAGGGAGGAUGCAUGGCGCAUCUCAUAUCAUCGUGGCCGUCUAUCUGCCAAGCUGGAUGAGAUUGCACCAGAUCUCAGGGGCGCUAUGUUGGCUGCUGGCCUGGACGCAAAGGCUGCUCGAAAGUAUAUUGACGAGGUCAGAAGAGGUAGAGCUACGAUUGCUUGUGUCAACAGUCCGAGCAACGUCACUAUAUCGGGCGACGAGUCCGCCAUUUGCGAGAUCGAGGAGCAAUUGAAGGCAGACGAGAUUUUCGCUCGCAGACUGAAGGUCAAGACGGCUUAUCAUUCAUUUCACAUGGAAGCCGUCAGUCAGCUCUAUCUCGAGGCCUUGGAAGGCCUUAGCCCCAGUCCGGAAGAUGCUGAGAUGCCAAUGAUGUUCUCUUCGGUCACAGGGUCACUCAUCAGGAGUCACGAAUUGGGGCCACAGUACUGGGUGGAUAACAUGCUUCGUACUGUCAACUUUGCAGAAGCAGUAGAGUCUCUCCUGACGUAUACCAAGAGCAAGCGAGUGAGGGCUGGCAGCAAACCAUAUGUGGAUGUUCUCGUCGAGAUUGGCCCCCACGGAGCACUUCAAGCUCCUAUCAAACAGUGUCUGGGCGAAAAGGCCAAGAUGUGUACUUCACUUUCGGUGCUCACUCGCGGCAGGAAUAGCGCCACGGCAGCGCUGGAGACGGCCGGUGCUCUCUUCCAGCUGGGAGCCAAUGUCGACAUAGGGGCUGUGAACAGCCCGGAUUGGAAGCCGAAGAGGCAGCAGAUUCUCAUUGACUUGCCGCCAUACCCCUGGAACCACGAAAACAAAUACUGGCACCAAUCUGCAGUCGAAGCUGCCCACCGGUUCCGUAAGCUGCCUCGUAAUGACUUGCUCGGUACUCUGAGUACGGAACUCAACAGGGACGAACCUUCGUGGCGUCACUUCAUUCGACUGUCCGAGAACCCCUGGGUUGAGGAUCAUAUGGUACAGAGUACCUUGCUGUAUCCUGCCGCAGGUAUGAUGGCCAUGGCUGUAGAAGCUGCGGCUCAAAUUGCCGAUCACAACAAGGGCGGCGUAGAAGGCUACGAGCUCAAAGAUGUUUUGGUCGACAAGGCUCUGAUCGUUCCUCGUGACGAAGAUGGUGUUGAGGCACAAUUCCAUCUCCGGCCAUGGAGAAUGGGAUCGCAAGCAACGACAUCCGCAUGGCAUGAAUUUACCAUUUACUCGCGGUCUGGCAACGAGGAGUGGUCCCUGAACUGCUCUGGUCUCUUGCGCGUGGUCUACCAGGGCUCUGCACCCAAUGCCACGUUCGCAGACGAGACACGACUGGAAUCCUCGAAGCAUCGCGCUGCAUAUGAGCGUGCCAAAGAAGCUGCCACUACGCAUGAGAAUGCUGCUCACUUCUACGAUCGCCAUCAGAAGCUGGGUUUACAGUACGGUCCCACGUUUCGCAAUCUGUUCGACAUUUGGAAAGGAGAUCGGUUGAGCUCGUGCCUCUUGCGCGUUCCCGACGUGGCUGAAACCAUGCCCAUGCAAUAUCUCACACCGCACCGGAUUCAUCCUACCACGUUGGACACGCUAAUACAGACACUCAUGCCCACGGUAGAAGGGACCUAUCAGAAUAUCGAAACUGCUGCUGUGCCCACCUUCAUCCAGCGUCUGUACGUGUCGGCCGACUGCCCGAGCGAGCCAGGGACCGUUCUCCAGACAUACUCGGUGGCGGGAUACAGUGGCCUCAAGGAAGCAGAAGCAUCUGUGUACGCCUCGAUCGAGGGCUGGGUCAAACCUCUGGUCAUCUUGGAACGCAUCCGUGCAACCCGUAUCUCCGCCAUGACCAGCACCAUUGGGAAUGCUGCUUCUAGCAAUGCGAACCUGCGGAAGAUCGCCGGAGAACUGGUAUGGGAGAGGCUCGCUUCAGCCAUGUCAGCCGAGCAGAUCACCGCUUAUUGUCGUGGUCCUGGAAAGCGUUCUGCAAAUGCUCAGCUCGCCGCUUACUUGCGACUACUGGGCCAUGAAACGCCGGGCCAGAAGAUUCUAGAGAUUGGCUGUCAGUCCGUCGCUGUGAGCGAGGCAGCACUGGGGCUUCUUGUCAGCUCGGACGAUUCCACUCCUUGGUUUCGGUCCUAUGAUUGCGUUGGUGACUGGGCAAAAGCGCCCCAGGACGUUGCCGCUCUGAUUGAAGCACACAGCCAACAUAUGUCCUACAAUCAACUGGACAUCUCCGGUGACUUGGCCGCUCAGGGCUUCGAUCAAGGGGAAUACGACGUGAUUAUCAUUUCAGAUUGCAACGAGAUAUCUGACCUGCCAACUGCGCUCAGAAAUGCAAUAUCUAUGUUGAGGCCUGGUGGCAAUUUGGUCGUUGGGGAUCAGAUGGUCAAUGCUGCACUCGGUCCUGCGAUCAAUGGCACGAUAAAACACGAAAGCGACUCCAAUAUCGACAAGAAAGCCUGGAACGACCAUCUGCGCGAAGCUGGCUUUGAGGGAGUAGACCGAAUGCUUGUUGAUGAUAGCAGCGCUGAACCCCUGGUGUCGGUCUACACUAUUGCCACAUCUCAGCCCCUAGCGCCAAGUUUGCCCGACCAGAUACUCAUUGUAGAGCCACUCGCGCGCGGUGGUCUCUCCAGUCAGGCUCUCAGUGAUAAACUCGCUGAUCAUCUUCGCUCAAUGGGCUCCAAUGUGUCGACCGUGGAACUCAAGGAUGUAGCCAAGCUGGAUCUCGCAGACAAGUCGUGUAUCGUCAUGAUCGAGCUGGAGUCACCCCUACUGUAUGGCCUGGAACCACACGACUUUGAAGCUAUUCAAACGAUGCUGCUCACCUCGAGUUCCGUCACCUGGAUCGCCCAAGGUGGUGCCAUUGAGUGCAAUGAUCCCAAGUCUGCCUUGAUCACAGGCUUGGCCCGUACCCUCCGCCAAGAACAUACUGGUAUCAAGCUCGCUACUCUCGACCUGCCCGUCACGCUUGAGCUUGAUUUCGUUAUGAAUGUCGAAGCCAUCAUCCAGGUAGUGAAGACGCAUUCGUUGGACACAUCUGAUCAAGAGUUUGCUCUGCGGGACGGAGUGCUUCGCAUACCUCGUCUUGAUGUCGACAAAGGAGCGAAUGACCUUAUUGCUACUUUCCACUCGGAGCCCGUCCCCGAGCCUGGUUUAUUCCGGCAGACCGAUCGUGCACUGACUCUCAGUGUCAAGGUCCCAGGUAUGCUAGACUCACUCUACUUCAAGGACGACGAGACCUGGGUUCUGCCUUUGGAAGCAAACGAUGUCGAGAUCGAAGUGAUGGCUUCUGGUCUCAACUUCAUGGACGUCAUGGUCGCCAUGGACCAGAUUCAAGAGCCUGCCAUCGGUGUAGAGUGUGCUGGAGUCGUAUCGCGUGUUGGCAGCGAAGCAAGAAAAUACAAAGUUGGCGACCGUCUCAUCUGUUGGCGCCUGGGAGCAUUCAGCAACUUUGUACGCAACCAUGAAAUGAUGUUUCAGCCUAUUCCCGAUGGCAUGAGCUUCGAAACCGCAGCUUCGAUUCCUGCAGUGUACUGCUCUGCUUACUCGGCACUCAUUGAGGAGGCUCGGUUGUCCAGUGAAGACACCAUACUCAUCCAUGCCGCCGCGGGAGGUGUCGGACAAGCAGCGAUCCAAAUUGCUCAACACAUUGGUGCUACAGUCUACGCGACUGUUGGAUCUCAGGCGAAAAAGGAUCAUAUUGUGAACACAUACGGUGUUCCUGAAGACCACAUCUUCAAUUCUCGCGAUUUAUCCUUUGCUACUGGUAUCAAGCGCAUGACGAAUGGUAAAGGGGUUGAUGUGGUGCUCAAUUCUCUCGCUGGCGAGGCUCUGCGGGAGUCUUGGAACUGUCUUGCGUGGUUUGGACGUUUCGUGGAAUUGGGCAAGAAAGAUAUCACUGGUAACACGGGUCUUGAAAUGGCUCCCUUCAUCAAGCACAUCAGCUUCCACUCUGUCAAUGUGAUUGGAAUGCAACGCGUGAACAUGCCACGGGCUGCGAGAUUGUUCCAUAAUACUAUGCUCUUCUUCCGCCAAUCCAACUGUCAGCCGGUCUCACCGAUCCAGGCGAUGGGCUUCGAUGAAGUUGAGAGCGGCUUCCGCCUCCUCCAGAGCGGCAAGCACAUGGGAAAGAUUGUUUUCAAAGCUGGAAGUUCUCAGAUGAUUCAAUGCAUACCUCGGAAAGUCCGUGAAGCGCAGUUUGACCCGAAUGCUACGUAUAUUCUCUCUGGUGGCCUGGGAGGUCUGGGACAAUCUCUUUCUACAUUUAUGGUCUCGCACGGCGCGAAGAAUCUGGCCUUCAUCUCUCGCUCUGGUGCAGCCAAGCCCGAAGCGCAAUCUAUCAUCGACACUCUGGCGUCUCAGGGGGUUCAUGCUCGAGCCUAUGCUUGUGACAUUGGCGACUCCAUCAAGACUCAAGAGACUCUUGCCACGAUUCAAGCAGAAAUGCCAAAGGUUCGCGGCAUCAUACAGGCAGCAAUGUCUCUGGCGGACUCUGCAUUUGCGAAUAUGACACAUGCCCAGUGGAAUCUAUCGGUGAAUCCCAAGGCGCCAGGGACAUGGAAUCUGCAUCAGCAUGGCCCCAAAGACCUUGAUUUUUUCAUCAUGCUCUCGUCCUCCUCUGGCAUCGCGGGAACUCGUGGACAGGGGAACUAUGCAGCAGGAAACACAUUUCAAGAUGCUCUGGCGCAUUAUCGACGUGCUCAAGGUAUGUACACCGUCGCCGUCGAUGUUGGUCCCGUCUCUGGAGCAGGCCACGCCUUUGAGCACCCCGAGAUUCUCGAAUCUCUCUCCGCGCAAGGCUAUGUGCCACUGCUCGAGUCGGAAUUUCUCGCUCUCAUCCAAGCCGCCGUCACAGGCGAGACAGCCUCGGGGAUAACGAUGCCCACCCAGCUCGUCACGGGCUUCAUCACCGGCGGCAUCCUACAGUCCGAAGGCCGAGAAAUGCCUUUCUAUCUCGACGACCCCAAAUUCCACCACGUCAGACUCGUCGAUGCACGAUCCCACGACUCGAUCGACGCGAAUAACAGCUUCGGAUCCCAACUCCCCUCUGCGCAGAAUCUCACUGAAGCUGCAGAGAUUGUCACUGCUGCUCUUGCGCAGAAACUUGCUAAACUCAUGAUGGUCUCGGACGAGGAUAUUGAUACUGGUAAGCCGAUUUCGACCUAUGGCGUCGACUCUCUCACUGCGGUGGAAAUUCGAGCUUGGACGUUCCGUGAACUGCAAUCGGAUGUUUCCAUCUUUGAUGUCAUGAGCAAUGUGCCGAUUUCGAAUUUGGCGCGCACGAUUGCGUCGAAGAGCAAGUUGGUGUCGGUGGAGGUUGUUGCGGCGGAUAUGUAAUAAUGAAUAUGAGGUUAUUAUUAAAUGUUUCAAUCGAAAUCUCACUUAUUAUUG